CACCGUAUCAAGAAGUAUUCUCGCGAUAGUUGCGGCAACUGACAUCCUUGGAGCAGAGCAGGGGACUUGACAUGUCAACAAAACAGAUAAAUUAUCGCCACACAGGCAUGUAAGGGUGUGCUGGUGUGGAAUAGCCUGACAGGUAACUUCACCUGGACCUGAACCUCCUCCAUCAUCUUCAUCUGCUGUCUCCAUGACAACCCCUCCUCUAGUGUCGCCCUUUGGCGGGCAGCAGCCGCCUCAGCAGCAACAGCAGCAGGCACAGGCAGCACGUGAUGUCAACACGGCCUCGUUGUGCCGCAUCGGCCAGGAGACGGUCCAAGACAUUGUGCUCAGGACCAUGGAGAUCUUCCAGCUCCUCAGGAACAUGCAGCUGCCUAAUGGAGUCACUUACCAUCCAAACACCCACCAGGACAGGCUGGGAAAACUCCAGGAACACCUACGUAUGCUUUCUGUGCUCUUCCGCAAGCUGCGCCUUGUCUACGACAAAUGCAACGAAAACUGCGCUGGGCUGGACCCCAUAUUACCAGAGCAACUGAUACCCUUUGUGGAGGAUGACAGCUCCAAACACGAGGAUCGCUCAGCCAGCCAGAGCCGCCCUGCCUCUGAGGAGAGGAGAGAAAUCCUGGAGGUCAACAAGAAACUGAAGCAGAAGAACCAGCAGCUGAAGCAGAUCAUGGACCAACUCCGCAACCUCAUCUGGGAGAUCAACUCCAUGCUGGCCGUCAGGAGCUGAACCAUAUUCACUCAUAUAUAUAUAUAUAUAACACACACAUACACACACACACACACACACACACACACAUAUGCACGCACAUUCACUACAAAUAACGGACAGGAAGAUAUGGUCGUUAACUGGAACGUGUGACAGGGUACCACAGACUGGAUGAGGCUGCACUUUACAGAUGAAAUGGGGGCGCUUUGGCAAUAUCAACCCAUUUCCUGAAGAAGAAGUAGUGAACCAAUAGAAGGAAAAUGAAGAUGAAAGGGCUCGACAACCGCAGAGAGGUGAGGAGCAAGCCCACUGAAGACUGGGAUGGGAGUGUGCUGGUGACAUCAUUGCGGGCUAUGGCAGAAAAUAGUCUGUCUACCUCGAUAUUCUACAUUUCAAUCAGCGUUAUGACUUUGAAUUCAUCUGAAGAGUUGAUAUAUUGUUUUAUCUAUUUGUAGGUACUAGCUCAAUUUAGGGUUUAUGCCUGUAGAGGCACAUCAAUAUAUUCUAUUUAAUCCUCAUAUUCUGUUCAUCUGUUACUAUUUCAUAGUAUUAGAAUUGUCUCAAGUCCGACAUUUAUGGUCCCUCUGAACUUUAAUAAGAAAGACAUACACUGUGGCAAAAAAACCUGAGUCUUAUUUCUAUUGUAUUGCUUCUGCUUUUUAUUUGUAUCGGUUAUUUCAUGUAAAUUCAUCAAUGCUUUGCUCUGAUUGGACUUGACAUUUCAUUACGAUGCCUUGUUAAAGAUUCUGCUGAACUACAGUAUAAAUCUUGCUGUGAUUUUUAAAAAGUCAA